CCCGGCGCGGUGCGCGCGCGUUCCAAAUACAUUAACAUACAUUUAAAUAUACAUAUACGUGUGUUUUUGUAUGUACGUCAAUAAAUGACCUUGCUGACUUAUAGUUAAAUGUUGGUGUUGUUUACAGUGAUAUCGGAUUAAGAUAGACUAUAGCCGGUUUUCUGCUAAAAAAGAACAAUGUGUUAUUUAUAAGUUUGUGGAGUUUAGCAAAAAAAUAAGUGGAUUUAAAUAAAUGACGUAUGAAAAAUAACAUAAAAAAAUUAGUGAUAAAUUAAUUAAAAAUGUACUUAAUUAAUUGUUCAAUGUGUCACAACAUAUACAAAUUGCAAAAAUAACUUUCGAAAAACCAUGGUGAAAUGCAAUGGAUCAGACUUCGUAAAUUAAACUUUGUUACCAACCCGGACCAAAAAAAAACUCUAAAGAAACCGGUGUAUAAGAAGAUAAACUACCUAAUCCAGUGAAAGUGUACGAACCACCAUGACAGACGUCCAAGAAAGUUCCUCCGACACCACGGACUCCCCCGACUCCCCCAGCACGACUAACAACAAGUUCAACUGGAUCAAGCAGCAGGCCAGGGCGCGGAACAACCCCUUCGUCAAACCUAGACCCUCACUCACCAGGGAGAGUUCAACUUCGGAGCUGUUCUCGAGAACAAACUCCAGUGCGGACUUCUUUCAGAACUCGCGACUGAAUCUGUUCGAUACAGCGCCGAAGCCGGAGACGAAUGAGAGGUUUGGAAAGGGCGUAUCGUUCAUAGGAUGGCACCAGCGGUCGCGGCUGGAGCGAGCGCUACUAGUGCUGACAGCUUUGCUGACGUUGGCAGUUUUGCUGACUACAUGUCUGCUGUUAGCCAUGCGGGGUCCCACGUACCUUCCCGUGCCGCCAUGCUACCAGCCUGAACCUAAAGACAGCAGCGUCUGCCUCUCCAGCUCCUGCAUUUACACAGCCAGCGAGGUCAUCAGGGCUCUCGACGAGACCCAGAACCCCUGCGAGGACUUCUACGAGUUCGCUUGUGGGGGCUGGAUGAGGAACAAUCCCAUCCCAGAGGGCAAGUCGCAGUGGGGCAUCUUUAGCAAGAUCGAGCUUCAGAAUCAGCUCAUCAUACGAUCUGCUUUAGAAAGUGUGAACAUUUCUGACAAAAACGGGGGAGAGUACAAAGCUAGAGUGUACUACGAUGCGUGCAUAGACACGAAUGAGACCAUAGAGAAACUAGCGGAGAAACCUCUAGUGGACGUGAUCAAUAAACUGGGAGGCUGGCACUUGCUGGACAAUAAUAACAAUUCUUUGACCAACAGUACCAAUAAUAAUACUAUUUUAAGCAACGCUACCAAAGAUACUAUUAAGGACUUCGACCUGCAAGAGCUUCUGCAAAAUAUACAGAAUAAGUACAAUUUGGGUGGAUUAUUUAAUUGGGCGGUAACAGAAGAUGACCGGAAUUCAUCAAAAUAUAUUAUAGUUCUGGACCAAGGCGGUCUAAACUUGCCAACGCGCGACUACUACCUAAACAAAAGUGCACACGCGAAAGUUCUCGAAGCCUACCUCAACUACAUGACCAGAGUAUGCGUCCUCUUAGGCGCGAACGAGACGAAAGCUAAGGAGCAAAUGAGUAAGGUGAUCGAAUUCGAGACGGCUUUGGCUGGGAUAACUACUCCUUCUGAGGAUAGAAGGGAUGAAGAGGGCCUGUAUAAUCCGUUCACGUUAAAACAGUGGCAGAAGGAAGCGAAUUUCCUGAAUUGGACGGCAUUCUUUAAUGAUGCUUUUAAAUUAGUUGGGAGAAAUAUAUCCGAAAAUGAAAGAAUCAUCGUGUACGCGCCUGAAUAUUUCCGGAACCUCACCAAAGUAAUAAAGAAUUACACUAGAUCAAAAGAAAAGAAAACGAUCCUGAAGAACUACCUCAUCUGGCAAGUGUCUCGCUCGCUCUCGACGUACCUGUCUAAAUCUUUCAGAGAUGCGACCAAAAUUCUACGCAAGGCAUUGUACGGCUCUGAAGGCACGGAGGAGUCUUGGAGAUAUUGUGUUACGGACACUAAUAAUGCUCUUGGAUUCGCAGUCGGCGCCAUGUUCGUCAGGGAAGUGUUCCACGGCGAAGCCAAGACGCAGGGGGAGCUGAUGAUCGACAACAUAAGGAGCGCGUUCAAGGACAACCUCAAGAACUUGGACUGGAUGGACACGGAGACGAUGAAAGCUGCUGAGAGGAAAGCCGAUGCUAUUACGGAUAUGAUAGGUUUCCCCGAUUACAUUCUUCAAAAAGAGGAAUUAGACAAACAAUACGAGGAGCUGACUAUCCACCCAAACGAGUACUUCCAAAACAACAUCGCCUUCAACCUGUUCAGCUUGAAAAACGACUUGAAGAAAUUGGAUCAGCCAGUCAAUAGGACCAAAUGGGGUAUGACCCCAUCAACGGUAAACGCGUAUUACACCCCAACCAAAAACCAAAUAGUAUUCCCCGCCGGUAUUCUACAACUGCCUUUCUACGACGGCGACAAUCCCAAGAGCGUCAACUACGGAGCUAUGGGAGUUGUCAUGGGGCACGAGUUGACACAUGCGUUCGAUGACCAAGGACGGGAGUAUGACAGAUUUGGAAACCUGAACCAAUGGUGGAACAAUGCUACCAUAAACCGCUUCAAGAAGAGAGCAAAGUGCAUCCAGGAGCAAUACUCAAGUUAUUCUAUGGAGGGACAGCAUUUAAAUGGGAAGCAGACCCUGGGUGAGAAUAUAGCUGAUAAUGGAGGCCUGAAAGCGUCAUUCCAUGCCUACCUGGACUAUAGCAGGAGGGAAGCCAAAGUAAACUUGACUCUACCGGGACUGAAAUAUAACCAUAGACAAUUGUUCUUCAUCUCUUUUGCACAGGUAUGGUGUUCCUCAAUGACCAAAGAAUCUACUAAAAUGCAAAUAGAAAAAGAUGACCAUACUGUCGCAAAAUACAGAGUAAUAGGCCCAAUUUCUAACCUGAAAGAGUUUUCCAAGGAGUUCAACUGUCCAAUAGGCUCUAAAAUGAAUCCGAAACAUAAAUGCGAAGUAUGGUAAUGCAGAGCAGUUUGUUUUGCUGGUUUGGCGCGUUUUGGGAGCUUCAGUGCUGUUGCGUUCCUAUAUUUAUUACGCCUGAAGUGUGUUGUUGUUAAUGCCUGUAAAAUUAAACUAACGCUAAACAAAAAUAUUAGCAUUUCGAAGGCUAAGGCAGGCAGUGUUAAGUGUUUCUAGCUCUUCAACCAAAUAAAAUUAUAAAAAUUCAAUCUUAAGAACUGACAGUGACUGUUAUGUUAUGUUGUGAUGUGACACUGACAGGUGGGACAAGUAGUACAAUUCAGAACAAAAGUGCUUUAAGCUGUGUUACACCUACCUAAAUUUAGCAUCCUAAAUGAUUGCAUCCUUAAUUUAGAAAAGUUUAUUAGAUUAUUAUAGGUUAAUGUAAGCUUUCCGGAAUUAGGUGUCUAGAUCAUUUAGGAUGAUAUAUAAGGAAAGAUGUAGUGCGUCAUUUAAACCUAGUAGUCAUAGUCCAGCUUGCAGUCCUCCAAGACCAGAAGGCAGCCUAUCUGUUAAAGUGACAAAAUAAUGUAGGUAAAUAAAUAUUAACAUCCGUCUUUAAGAGAUAGCUGCCAGUAAGGUGUUUGGUAUGUAAGUAUGAGUACCUACUAAGUUUUAAGAAUUAUAAUAACUUAAGCUCAAUACAUUCAUACGCUCGAAGUAUAAAGGUGGUGAAGAAAAGAUUUUGUAAAAUAAAUAAAAAAGUACCAAAAUUGAAUAUGCUGAAUCUAUUUAAAAUGAAAUGCCUCAUAUGCUUGUGAGAAUGAACGAUUGUUAAUCAUUAAAGGAUGUAGGAUGAUUGGGCAUUUUUAUAUAUCGUAGUAUAAUAAUGAGCUUAGAGUAGUCGUGAUGAAAACGGAUUAACGGGUUACUGGUCAAAUAGAAUCAAUGUAUAAGAUAAUGGAAAACACUAUACGAAAUUUAUGUGUGCCAUCCUAUAAGUAUAUACAUUUUGUAAGAAUAGGCGUAAUGGGUUUGAUGUUAUUUAUAGAAUUCUGUUAUCCUAACUGACCGUAUUUAUUAUUAUUGUUGCAACUUUUGUUUACCUAUAUUCCACUGCCAAGAUCUCACCAUCAAAGAAUAGCUUGGCAUAAAACUUGUUUUAAAAUCUUAGAUUUUUGGAAUAACGUAAUCUUUAUGUUAAGUUGCCGUGAUUAUAUUAGUUAAAUUCCCAGGGCAUACGUUGUGUUAUUUGUAAAAACAUAGGUAUUUUACUCUCGCUCGUUUGGAAUGAGAUGAAAAAUACGCAAGGCCAUUAUUUUGGCCAAAAGUGACAUGUGAUGUCAGCAUUACAUGUAUCACUAAGUAAAUACUACUGUAUAAACAAAUAAUAAUGAGCACAACCUGCCUCACAAUUACUUAGAUAAAUACAUUUUACUUUUGAAUAGGUAUAUUUUUCUUAUAUGUAUUUGUAUAUUUAGGUGUAUGUGUGAUGUUUUGACGUACUUAAUUGUAAGCAAAUAUGUAACCUUAUGGUACGUAGUACCAUGUAUAGUUUGAUAAAUAACGAUAUGUAGAAAAUUUCCAGUCAAACCUUGAUAAAUGGGAUAUAUAUCUUAGAUAAAACAGUCGUUAGAAUAUACUCUAGCAAAUCCACUUUGUCAGUAUGAAAAGGCGCGAAAUUCUAAUUUUUAUAUAGGAGAAGAAUCCUUUGCGCCUAUUUUUUUUUAAUUUGCUGCCUUUUUCUACUGACGGAUAUGGCUUGCCAAACUGUAGUUAUUUAUUUCACUAAAUAAAAAAUAAUAUCAGCGAGGGGGUGAAUUAAAACGACAUUAUACCUCUCAUAAAAUAUAAAAAGUAAAUGGAUUGGAUUUCUCUUACAACCUGCUUAUCUCGGUUUUACUAGAUAUGCAUCUUAAGUAUUAAUCUAAAAAUGCUGGACAUUUUUACCAUUUUGUACAGUGCUGACUUAAAGUACGAGAUACUUUGUACCAAGCAGUCGAGCUAACAUUAUUCCGUUUUAUUUUUUGUACCACAUUUUUUUGAUAUUUCACUUCGCGUUAAAAUGAAAUUUUAAUCAUAAAGGAUUUGUUAUACCUCUUUAAAUGUAGAAUCCUAAAUGUUUUUUUACCUUAUUUAGGUUAUAAAUACAAUUAAUUUUAUUAAAUUAAGUGUAUAAAUUAAUCUUAGGAUACUACAUAUAUUUAGGAAGGUUGACAGGCCCUUGAAUAUGAAUAUAAUGUUAAUAAUUAUAUAUUGAAUUUCUGUCUAUUUUAUUGAUACAAGUUAUCUGCAAAACGUAUCUUGUAACUUUCCUUUUUUAUUUUAGAUGUUAUUCUUUUGUUAUAAUUGAUAGAAUUUAUUUUGUUAUUAUUUACUCUUUUACCUCUUCGUAAUAAAUGAGUAUGUACAUUAUAGCCUUUUAAUAUUAAUUGGUUUUUAGGGGAUAUAAAAAAAUGUUUCGGUACUUACGAGUAACUCAAUAUUCGCACGAAUUAUCAGGCUCAACCUAAGGUGCAUUGUAUACAGCUACAAAUUACAAUAUACAAUUGCAAAUGUGCGUAUUAAAUUCAGUUACAGACCUGUAAGCUUGUUCCAUUAUAAAUUAGCGUCCAGGGCCAGUUUCAAUUAGACUUGGACCCUGUUAUGCUAGGGGAUUUCGAGCAGGGGCACUCUUACACUGUUUAAGUUUUUACCUGACUGAGAUUCGUCUUUGUCGAAUUUUGCAAACUUGCCAAUAAGAGAUUGGUUGCACGUUGCACGGCAGGAAAUUUAGAAAUUCAUACAUAGUUUCGAGGCAGCCUUUAAAAGAGUACUUGACAAGAGUAAUAGCAAAUAAGUACACGCAUAGGGAACACAUUUAAUAAAGACAAUAAACAUUUUGUCUCUCAAUGUUCCCCAUCCCUAGUCUGUAAAAAGUCGUUUUCCAUGUCUAUAUGCCAUAAAAUGUAAUAUUUGUACGUAUAAAGUAGGUGACUCACAAUGUAACCAUCAUUUCAUUGGAUAUCUACAAGAAAAUGUUGUUUUCUUUAUUCAUACUAUACUAUAUGCGAGCGGGUAUAUUACCUAAUAUCUUAGCUGUGUCCAAACUAAUAAUCAGUAUUCAUCUUAAUUCCAUUUUAGGAGCUACGUUUUGCUGUCUAUCCGAAAUGAUAGAUGUUUUUUAUUCUGUCAACAUCUGAUUAAUUCAGUUAAUUUUUUUGUUAUGGAAAAUUUACCUACUGAAAAAACGAUUUCGAUAAGAAUUUUAAUUAUUAACAAUUUUGAAUGUUAACGUGCUUUUGGUGUCUAAUAUAUUAAUUUUAAAGCUUUUGGGUUAAUAGUAAUCCAGCCUAGAUUAUAAUAUUAAUCAGUAUCAAUGUCAAUAUUUCCAUAUCAUGUAUAACAAAUGUAAAUAGACAAAUGAAUAUUUAUUUAAGUAAAACAACACAAUAUAACUGUUAAUUUAGCUCUUGACAGUAUUAAUCGGUUGCCAAAAAAACUGUAAUUGCUCCACAGGUUAGCUAUACACUUACACUCCUUAUACAUGGUGUUUAUGUAUUUUUAUGUAAUAUAAUCCCUAGGAUUUCUGGAGUAGUUUCGAUCAAAAAGACAAAACGCUUUUGUGUGAUUUUUCGAUGGUAAAUAAAUGAUUAAUUUCAAAGAUAUACAAAUAUUAUCGCUGACAAAUCGUUUACAUUUAUUUUAUAUAUUUAUUUAAUGAGAAUCGUAAAUAUAAACUUGUAUUUACAAA